AUGGCCUUGCCGGAUGCCUGGGUGGUGGAUGAGGCCAAGGAGCUUCAAGCACGGCUGCCUGCAGCGCAGAAUGCUUUGGCGCUGGAGGCGCAGAGCUACCAACUUGGAGCAAAAACACGAAUGUGCUACCUCAUUUCAGGAUGUAUUUGCCAAGAGCUCACUUUGUCGCGGAUCCGCGCAGCUGCAGAAGCUUGUAAUGAGAAGGUUGCGUGGCCGAACUUUCUCAUCAACGGCUCCAAUGGCUCAUCAGCUUUGCGGGUUGGAACAGAUUGUAGUGGCUUGGAAGCUCCAGUGCAUGCCCUCCGUUCUAUGGGCCUGCUGCACAAACAUGUUUUCAGCUGCGAGAUCAAUCCGGCCCCCAGGACGAUGAUUGAAGCGAAUUGCUUGCCUGAGGAAGCUUUCAUGGACGACGUGAUUGUCAGCUCUGCUGGCGCAGUGCCCUUUAUGCAUUUGUAUGUGGCUGGGUUUUCCUGCAAACCAUUUUCCAUGCUUCACAACAAGACCAAGCUUCUUGAGGAAAAGGAGGCUGAGAUUUUCAAGGCAGUUCUUCGACGCAUCGGCAAGAUACGGCCUCCAUGCUUUGUCCUCGAGAACGUCAAAGGCAUCCAACGGUGCAUGGAGAAGGUACAAUCUAUGUUGCAGGACUUGGGCUACAUCGUAGCGGUUCAAUUGAUGGACCCUUCGAGUUUGGGGGAGCCCCUUCUCCAGCCACGUUUCUAUUUCAUCGGGCUGCGAACAGAUGUGGCCGCUUUCCCUGCAGGAGCCUCCAGGCACAUUCUCCAGCACAUUUGGACUGAGCUGGGGCAGGCAAAUGAACCUGCUCCUUUGGCUCAGCGGCUCUUGCCAAGUGACCACCCGCUUGUGUCGCAGCACCAACAAUUCAGGAGGGCGCGAUGGUCUCAGGCAGCAACACUGGCGUUUCCAACCAGGUCACCCCACAUGAAAUGGAAGGAGCUGCAUGAUGAAUGGAAGGCCAAACAUUGCCACGCGGCUCCGUCAGCUUUUAGUUUCAGGGGCUGCUCGGCUGAUGAUUUGUUUUUGCAUUUACCCCGGGAGAGAGACGUUUGGGACAAGUUGCGCACGACAGUUGGGCAAGCUGACCAGUUUGUGUGCGAUUUGUCUCAAAGUUUGGGCCGCAACAGAGAGCGCACUGAUGGAAAGGUGCCUACCAUUACUCCCGGAUCCCACCUGAUCCUGGGCAGUGAGGGCUCUUCUGCUGCACACAUUCCCACUCCACAAGAUGACUUUCCCAACCCUAAGGAUCCGAGAAGCCACUUUUAA